UCCAGAACAGAUUGAGGAGCAGAGAGAGAGAGAGAGAGAGAGAGAGAGAGAGAGAGAGAGAGAGAGAGAGAGAGAGAGAGAGAGAGAGAGAGAGAGUCUAGAAGGGGGUGGAUACUAAUGACAAUGAAGACACAGUGAGAACCAAAUGGUUGUUGAUGUGCUGGGAGUAAUGAAUCAGCAUCAAGCUGACAUGUCUGUCUCUGAAACAGGUGCUGGCUGUUGUCGAAGGUUGCGACUUAUCUUCAUGGAGGGAGGUAGCAUUCUUCAAGAGGUCACCCGAUUACAGAAGGACAUUGACGCACUAGAUGUGCAACUUGAGGAUGAAAUCCGGAAGACGAAGUUGGUCGAGGCAUCACUCGUCCUUGCUGAAGAACAGGUUUGCCGACAGGAGGAGGAUAUUGUUAAGCAUGUGAAGCUUCUAGCCCGGGCUGAGAGCGAGUGUAAUGACCAGACCACCGUUCUCCUGCUUCGGCAGGAGGAGAUCGCACGUCUGGAACAGAAGAAUAGAAUGAAGGAACAAGAAUUGAGUGAGCUGCGUGCGGCACUAGAUCAAGAGCGGAGAAGCUUUGUCGAUGCCUGCUGUCAAUUCACGAAAAGCCAGGAGGACAAUGGCGUGGGGGAAGCAAUCAGGGUGCUUCAGGAGUGUCACGCAACAAUCAUCGCUGAGGAGAGGAAUUUGACGGAAACACUGAGGAACACAGAGAGGGAAAAAGCAAUUGUCGAUGAGAAAGUAAAGGCUAUGCGAAAGGAGGGCGAGUCCAUGAGGGAAAGGAGGCAGCAGCUUGCUGACCACAUUGCCUGCCAACGCAAAAAGAACGAGGAGCUUCAGCGCAAAAUCAACGAGUUGAAGAAGCAAGAAGAGGAGAAUGGCAAAGAAGAGCAGCAGCUGAUCACGAUGGCUCUUGCCCUGGACCUAAUGAACGAGGAGGAAGACGAGCUGCAGAUUUCCAAGGACAGGUUGUGUGCGCAGCUGUCAGGCAUUCAAAAGGAGAUAGAGGAUCUGGGGAGACGCAUAGCUUCGCAAAAAGAGGAAAUCCGCAAAGUCGACACUCAGAUUGAAGAGCAUUUGACCCGACUGGGCCCAGCAGGUUGCUCCUGGUACCAGUGCACGUCAGGGCUGGAACCAGGAGGACGCUGCUGGCUCCAGUCCAGAUCUGAAGUGCGGUCGACCAAUAAGCCUGAUGACAUGAAAGCCUGGGUGACGUCGACGCUUGGGAAUUCUUUAAAGCUGAUUACUCAGAAGCUCGAGGAGGUUGACUCGAAAUCCAAGCUGGCGACAACUGAGAAGGAGGAGCUAAUCAGACUCAGAGCUGAGAAGGCUGCUAUGGAGAAGGCGGAGAAGGUGAAGAAAGAAUCUAGCAGUGAAAAGAGGAAGCGAGCGGUAGCCACCCCUGGUGCGGCAGUUACACCAAUGGAGUGUGGUGCGAAGCCCCGAUCCAGAAGGAGCUCAAAAGCACGGAACCGGCGAGUAGAAAUCUCGUCAGACGACGAGGGGGGUGAUGAAGGCGUGAAGCAAAAUCUCGGCAAGAAGAUGGAGAGUAGCAGUGAUCUCUCGGAGGUUAAGAAGAUGCUAGCUGCAUUAGUCCAAGGACUGGCUGAUCACAAAGGCAAGCAGCCUGUGAAUGUGCCUGGACCGGAGCCAGAAGCGGAACCAGAACCAGAGCCGGAAGCUGAGGGCGAUGAGGGCCAUGAUGUCGCUGUUAACUCAGCCCAUGGUGAUGAGGAGGAAGUGGAUGAAGGUGGCCUAGCUGCCUAUAUGAAGGUGCGACAACAUUUUUAUGCAUCCCUCCAUUACACGAGGGUGCAGGAGCUGUGUAAGCAGAAAGACAUUCCGUAUUUUCGUAAAGAAAUGGGCGCCUGGGUAUUAGCAAGGCUUGAUCUACAGGCAUACGUAGAUCAACUCAAAGUACACGGUGUUGUGAAGGUUGGUGAGUCCUCAAGGAGGACUGCAGUGCAGAAUGGCAAUAACACUGAUGCUGAGGGUGAUGGGACCGAGAAUAUGGUUGUGGGAAACUAACACUUGGUAGUCUUCGAUCCUUAAGACGGGCAGCCCAGCGGAUCGUGAAGUUGAAAGG